UUAACAGAGAAGUUAUCUUAAAACCUUUGUGAUAGCUUUUGAACCUUUGUUUUAAUUCCUUUUAAUUUUAUUAGAUAUGCUUAGAUGUCAGUAAGCAUGCUUAGAAAAACCCUCUUCCUAAACGAUUACCCACAAAUCUUGCAUGUCAGUUUUUGUAGUACAGCCUUUGAAUUUCUUGGGCUACGUGACAACUGCUAUAUUCCAGAAUACACUUCUAAAGGCUCAGACAAUUCCCAAAGUGAAUCCCCCUUCAUAUUUCACAGUUGGUAGUUGUAAGACAUGCUGUACAGAAAGAAAAUUCACAAAUCAGCAUUGCUAUGUUUGUGGACUUUUUUUUUUUGAUUGCUGAAAUUCCAUUGUGUUCUCGUGGAUAGAAGAUGCCUUCUGUCUAGUUUCCUUGCAGUUUUUCAGAACGUUUUCUUGGAUGUGUGUGUAGAAAGUGAACAGUGAACUUCCUCUUCAGUUGUUAUCCAGUUUCUCUUCUUUAGUUCUUGCAGUUUCUUUCUUAGUUCUCAUGUCCACUGUCUUUUAAUAACAGCGAAAGGUCAAGUAUUUGUAGGCAUUAGUCUUUAAAAUUUCUAUAGCUUUAAAUAAAAGUAACAACUCAUUGCAAUAAACUGUCAUCUGAUAGAGAACUACAAAUUCAGGUUCAUCCACUCUUGUAUCCUGGGACCUGACCUUCCCCGUACGAGUGAAGCAAAUGGUGCAGUGAACAGUUAAAUUAUAAAAGCACACCCCAUUUUAGAAUUGUAUAACAAAGGACUGCCCUUCAGGGUACUUAUUUUAACAUAUUAAACACUUUAUGUUAUAGUCUUCUGUAAGGGCAAAUGUGUUCUUCCAGUCAUUUUAAAAGAUAGAAGUAAACGGUGACUUCUCAGGGCUGUAAAACCACAGGAAGUGACUUGGCUCAAGAAAGCAUGAAAAGCCCUAGAGAAGUUUUUGUAACAUAGUUACAGUGUGUUCUCUGUGUAAGUUUCCCAGGAAAACUUCAGAAUUCACCUAAAACCUGAAACUCAAAUGGAAAAUUCACACAGCAGUAGGCACUGUAUCAGUAUUUUCUGAUCAUGUGUGUAUGAUGAGCUGAUAAAAGGAAGAAGUCAAUCAGCAAUUCAUGUAUUCUGUACCAAUAAUGUUAAAAUACUGUAUUUUAGAUUUGGAACCUGACAGAAGUGAAUUACAGCUAUGGUGUAAGGCUCUAGGGACAUUAUGAAAUAUACUGAUAAUUUCUGCUUGUUGACAAGUCACUUAAUUAUUUCCUUCAUUGCUGGUGAGCUAGAGAUGAUACUGAAAUCAAAGACAGAGUCCUAUGUAAAUCUGACACUGUUGCAAAUAUUCAGUUACAAUAGAAGUUUAAAAUUAUGAAGAGACCUAGGGAAAUGAAAAUACUCUAUUGACCUUGGAACUAGCACCACUUGAGAGACUUUGUCAUUACCCAGUUCUUCCUGUAAUUGUAAACAUUAAUGAGGAAGCUUCAACUGUCUUGAUUUAUGAUUUGCUAUCAUAAUUUAUUUUGUGUAUUUGUUAUUCAGUAGUCAAUGCAUGAUCACUGCUUACUGUGAAAGUUGUGCCACUGUUGCUCUUUUCCCAUAUUCUGCCUCAGCAGGUAUACUGAGGAAGAAACACACAGGUCUGCUGUCCUUAAGGAAGAACUUUGAAUUCAAGUCACUGUUACUGGACUAUUUUUAGGCUUCCCAGCUCCAAAGAUGUAACCUUAGCUGUGCCAGAAUAAUAUUGCAUGUUAUCAGCCAUGGAUUAAAGGUCCACAAUACAGUACAGCCCAAGCACUGUACUGACCCUUCCAAAUCAGUGUAGUAUUCAGACACCUGUCAAGGUGUCACAACUACUGUUGUGCACACUUGACUAGAAGGUCAGAGGUUGUAUAAGUUGUGUAAUCUUUAAGGCAUUUCUCUAGUGAACUGGGAUCACCAGACGCUGCAAAGUCUCUGUAAGCAGGUGACUUGAGAAUAGAACUAGUAUUUCCAGGAACUGGAAGGGAAGAUAAGAGGGCCUGAGAUAAGUCCUGCAUGGUUCAGGCCUUAAUUUCUUUAAAGAGCACAAAAGUGCCCUUCAUUUGCAUAAACUUUGUUUGUGAUUUUUUUUUUUUGUUUGGUUUUUGACAUGCAACUUCUAACUAGAAUUCUGACAUGGAUUGUCUUUAAGAAUCAUGGUAACUUCCUCCCUUCUUCCAAAUUCCUCCUCUAGAGGUGCUUUUAGUGCAAAAGCAGGAUAAACUAGUCAGUUGUUAUCACUUAGGGCCACUUAGAAAAGUUUAUUUUUAAGAUGUAGUAAAAGCCAUGUGCCAGAUGUCACUAUGACUACUCUUCCCAGCUGAUAUAUUUGUUGAUUUACUUAUAUGCAUGAGGGACUGCUCCUUUCUUACAAGCAAUGCUCAUGCAAUACAUUUGUUCAUCCUCUUAGAUCUCAGCAUAGUAUGAGCACCAUAAUGAAUACACAAUUUUUGGUACAGUAAGCAGUCACUGAGAUUAAUAUUACAGGUAUUACCAUCAGAAAUUAAACCAGUUCUUAUUUUGAAGAGAGUUUUAAUGCUUCCAAGAACUCAGUUCUUACAAAGUCAUUGUCAGUUGCAAUGGUGUGAAACGUGAGGACUGAAGGCUGAUCAGGGACUCAGUACAGCACCUUAUGACUCUCCAAGAACCUCUGUUUAAGAGACUACAUGAGAAAUAAACUCCACUUGUCCCAGGGAGUGAGAGGAAAGUUAAGAACCUGAAUUAUUUUCUGUCUCUCUGAGUGCUACUCUUUCUAGAUGAAAGAGUUCAGCUGAGGUAAAUCAGAACCACUGACCUGCUGCUGAUCCACACGUCUGCAGACCUGCUGCAUUUUGGCACAUGUUUCAUUCUGGUCUAUCUCUGUGGACCAUCCUUCUUGCCUUAUCAGACUAACCUUCUAGCAGGGUCAGAGUAGGGUUUUCUUCUGAGAUACCAGUUACGUAGUUUUACUCUUGGGUGAAACCUAUUACAGAUGUUUUCUGCGAGUAUGAUCCUUACGGUCAGAUGCUUGCAUGCCAUCUUGCUCUCUUGCUUGUCAUGAUACAGCAGCAGAGGAGGAAUGUCUGAAAGAGAUAAUGUAAAGAAGGAAACAUCUCACAAAAUGAGACUCUCUGUGCUCCACAUUUCACAGGACUGACAGCUCACCCUAGCUGAACUCUUCAGUCCACCAGAUGGGGAAGCCCAUCUUUGCAUAAGAACAUCCUCUAAGAGCCUUUUUUUGUGCUAUUAAUAGUGCAUGGUGCUCAAGAUCUUUUUCUCAAGUAAUGCUAAGUCUCCUCAAGGCCUGUUUUCUAUCAUACAGAUGUCUGUGUAUACACAGAAUCUUGCAAAAAUCAACAUUAAUGUAUAGACUAUGCAUAUAUUUACAUAUGCACAUACUUAAAAUGUCACAGACACAUGCACAUCUGCUGUAGGCUGAUACAAAAUCGUGGCUUUCUUUAUACCAAAGCAAUGUAUAUGCAAGAGGGCUGUCCUCAAAGACAGAUUCUGUGACAUGUCCUGCUGCUAGGUUGUUGUUUGAUGGAAUUUUAAUUAGAACUCACUUUUCUAUAUUUGGAGCGCUGUGCAUCCAUUGUGCUGUAGUGGGCUCAUUAUUUCAGCUACUAGAAGGAGCUUUGCUGUCAGUGAUUUCCAUUUUGAGAACAUUUUCUCAUUCUGCACUGUCUCAGAGUAAAAAUCUUUAGUAUUUUUCUUACCAGACUAAUUUUUAUGAUAGGAAAAAAAUAAUUCUAACUCAUGAAAUGAUCUUGUAGUUCAGCCAUUUUGUGUCUUUGUUUGAGAGCUUUAUUGCCUUGAUGAGAUUUAUUAGUCUGCUGCACUAUAUAGAGAGAACCUCCCAUAGGAGGUAACUAAAUAACAGUAAUUCCACAGUAUUGCUGCAAAAAUUCACAAAUGUGGAUGCUGCCAUGCCCCGAAAAAAAGCUAGGAAGUGUUCAACAGUAUUUUUUACAAAGCUGUUUUGUUCCACAUAGGAAAGGUGAAUACCUGGUGACUUGCCUUUACAUAGAACAGUGAAGUUAUGUGGCCUCAGUAAAGAGCUGUCCCAGAUAGAGUUAACCUUCUUUAUCCAAGAUAUCCCACAGACAUAAAGGUAGCAGUUUGUGUGGUUAUUUGAUUUUCCAAAUUACAGCUGCUAAUACUUAGGCUCAUCUAAUUUGGAAAAUGUUAUGAGAACAUUUAAUAACAGUGCAAUAUAAUUGCUGGAUGUUACUAGUAUUACUUCUCCAGUAAGAAUAAAAGGUUGAUGGCAGUUACUAUUUCAUAAUCUAAGCAAAGUAGCUCCAAAUUUGUCUCAUUGUAACAUUUCAAGUAACUGUCAAAUAGAAAAAAAUAAAAUAAAAUUGCCUUUUCCAGCUGUUGCUUCUUGGGCUGUUGCACAUCUAUGGAGACCAGGUUACUGCUGUAGAUUGUGUUGAGUAGGAUGAACCUGUAUGAAAGCAAUGUGUUUUCCAGGUUGGUUGAUGCUCUCUUCACCUUGCAUCUGAAGCCAUGCUAUGUAACAGAAGGGAGAGCAGCUGUAUAUGUAUUUCCAGGAUGGUGUACACUAAUAUGGAUUUGAAAAGGAAGGGGGCUAAUGGUGAAAUGCUCAAACGUGAUUUGGAGUUUCCCCAUCCCUCCGAAAAGAAGGGGAUGGAAAGGUUGGAUUUCUGUUGUCAAUGUGGUGUUAAUUGAUGUUCAUGUCACACAGGACAGGGAUGUUCUUCAUAUGACUGUUGCUCUGAUUCCUGAUGAACUUUCAGGCUGCAAGAGCUGGUAGCAUUUAUUCAUGGUUUAAAAAGCUUGUGUUGGGAAAAAAUGAAGCUUUAACAUUUCUACUUUGCCUUUUAAGUUUAAUUUUAAAAUUUACUUCCUUGGAAAGGCUGAGAAGUAUUAAAAAAUAGUAACUGCUUAAUGUAAGCUAGAACAAGAAGGGCUGUUCUGUAAUUAAGCCUGCUGAAUUUGUAUUAAUUUACACUAAUCUAAUUAUUACUUUCUUUGAAUGCUCUGCUGUGAGUCAAAAUAAGCUAGUGCUGGAUUUGAGAACCACAGAAUGAGAAAAUGCUGCAGGGAGGAGCUCUGGAUGGAGUCUACAGGCUGGCACAGUUUCACAUUCACUGGGGAUCCUGUGAGGGCCAAGGGUCUGAGCACACUGUGGAUGGUGUGAAGUAUGAUGCAGAGCUCCACAUUGUUCACUGGAAUGUGAAAUAUGGUAAAUUUGCUGAAGCUGUGAAGCAUCCUGAUGGUUUGGCUGUGGUAGGCAUCUUCAUGAAGGUAGGAAAUGCCAGGCCUGAAAUACAGAAAGUUGUGGAUGCUCUGAACUCCAUUCAAACAAAGGGGAAGCAAGCUUCUUUCACAAACUUUGACCCUACUGGACUGCUUCCUGCAUGCAGAGACUAUUGGACAUACCCUGGCUCACUGACCACUCCUCCACUGCUUGAAUGUGUGGUCUGGCACGUUCUGAAGGAGCCCAUCACUGUCAGCUCCGAGCAGAUGUGCAAACUCCGUGGCCUUUGCUUCAGUGCUGAGAAUGAGCCCGUGUGCCAUAUGGUGGACAACUGGCGCCCGUGUCAGCCUUUGAAGAGCAGAGAAGUUAGAGCUUCCUUCCAGUAACCUCAGUGCUGAGCGUGUUAGAAAUUGCUGUGUUCGUGAGGAGCCCUUUUUGCUAAGCACAAAUCAAACCUUUGCCACGUGUGCCCUGGCAACAUCUUGUCUCCAGAUCCAUUCUUUCUUUCAUUCUGCAGCUAAAAUGCCAGCUAAUUAAAUGUGAAAGGCUCUUGGCCAAAUAGAAAAGGGUUCUUAAGGUGUGGGGGCUGGGGGAGGCUUGGGAGGGUGGUGGCUGUGUGCAUUUUGGUGACUAUUUCUGCGACUGACGUUUUGGUGUAACACAGUAAGUUGGUGAUAGUGAUAUAAGCCAUUUUAAGAAACCUCAUCCACAGAUGUGAUAGUUCACAUAACUAACGAUAACUUGAAGCUUUGUGAAAAGCACAGGAAUAUAGAAUCUAGAUAUGAUUUAGGAAAAACAAGUAUUUUGAGAAAGUAAAGCAAAAUGAAUAUUGAGAAUUAGACUUCUUAGAUUUUAAGAAACUGACAUGUAAAUAUUUUUGAGACUGUUUUACAUUUUUACCCAUUCUAUCAACAACCUUGAUUAUGUCUUAAUGAUAGUGUUGGAUUUUUUUAAUUAAAAAUGUCCUAAAUUAAGUAUUACCUUUAAAAGUUAUUACCAUAGUAAUAAUAAAAAAUAUCUUUUCAUUGAAAUAAUAUAUGCUCUAAUUUAAAGAGGAAAAUAAUAUUGUAUUUUAGAUAACUUCUCUAAUAAAUCUAUACUUAU